AUGGCAGAGGCCGUGUUGGGGCCGCUUGUAGGGAGGCUGCAGGAGCUGGCGAUCAGCGAGGCGCGGGCGAUGGUGGCGGUGAACGACGACGUCCGGAGCCUCCGCGACAAGCUCAUGUGGAUGCAAGCAUUCAUCCGCGACGCUGAGCCGAGGCGGCGCACCAAGAACGACGAACUCAUCAGGGUCUGCCUGCAGCAGACCCGCGACGCCGUCUUCGACGCCGAGGACGCCGUCGACCAGUAUUUCUUUCGGGUCGACCUCUCCAGGUAUCCAAGUUGGAGUCAUACCAUCGUCAAGAUCUCGCGUGACUUGUUCACUCAAGUGCGCGUGCGGAGCGACCUUUCAAAGAGGAUCAAAGUGAUCAACAGAAGGCUUGAGAGCAUCGUUGAGAACAAGGGAAAGUAUAAAGUCGACGAUGGAAGUGAAACCACACCAGUCACCACUUGGAGACCAUAUACUGCCAUCUCAGUUACUAGUGAAAAGUUAGAUGAUUUUGAGCUACCUUUGGUGGGACGAAAUGACCAACUACAUAAUAUGGGGUGUAUGCUUAUUUUGGAAGAAACUGAGCUCCCGCUGGUGAACUCUGGAACAAGAAAGACUGAGAACCCAAUGGUGAUCUCUGUGAUAGGAAAGAGUGGUGUUGGCAAGACAAAGCUGGUGAAGGAGAUCUACGAGAAGCACUCAACCAAGCGUUAUUUUGACGUGAAAGCAUGGGCGACCUGUGCACCCAAUCUUAGUGCCUUCAACAUCAUGAAGUUGAUCCUUCUGCGUUUGACAGAGGGCCCUGUUACAUGCUCUAAAGAAGAGGAACUCCAAGGAAAACUGGAGGCUAUGUUGAAAGGUCUUAAGUACUUGUUGGUUAUAGACGGGGAAGUUAGCAGUACAGAAUGGAACUACCUGUUAUCUAUCCUCGCAAAGGACAAGGACAAUGUCAAGAGCAGAGUAGUGAGAAUCACACAGGCAACCGAUCUAGAAUCACCACCAGACCCCUUUGUAGAAAAAAAUAUUAUGCUUCAGCACUUUAAUGAACAAGUCAAAACUCUUGAGUUGUUCCUGGCAACACUGUUCAUGGAUGAGAAAGAGAAACACAUUGGCAAUCUGGAGAAGAAGGAAGAGAAGCAUCUCGACGGUCUUGAGAAGAAGGAAGAGAAGCACAUCUAUGAUAUUGGGAAGAAGAAAGAGAAAAAUGACAUCGAUCUGAAGAAGGAGGAAUUCAUAAGACGUCGUGCCAAGUUCAUCUUUGAUGUUACUGGUGGUUUACCAUUGGCGAUUGUGCUUUUAUCUGGCCUUUUGCGGACCAAGGAGUACCCUGGAGAAUGGAAGAAGGUGUUCAAGCACCUCAAGAGCAACUUAACUGAACGGAAGCGGUUGGACAUCAUACUAUCCAUGUGCUUUGAUGACCUUCCACAUGACCUCAAGUCUUGCUUCCUCUACUUUUCCGGCUUCCCGGCAAACACGCUCGUCAAGGCACGCUCCUUGGUGUGCAUGUGGAUGGCGGAAGGGUUCCUGAUACCAAAAAAGGGCAAGACAAUGGAGAAGGUGGGUGAGCGCUACUUGCAUGAGCUGAUCCAUAGGCGCCUCAUGAACCUUCCACCACUGGAGAAUGCCGCUCGUGGAGAUGAGCGUGUCACCGUCCAAACCAGAGUCCAUGACUUCUUGGUGGUCGAGGCGCAAGAGGCGAACUUCAUGGAGAUCCAUAGUGGUGAUGAUGUACCCACACUGUCCACUGCUCGUCGCCUUUCCCUGCAGAACCAUAUGGACAAGUAUGCUGCUCUAGCUGACCCUUUGCCCAAGUUGCGAUCCAUCUUGUCCAACUUUGAGAAAGAAGAGCACCAGACCCAGACCAAGGAAGCCAUCAAGACCAGUGAUGACAUACAGAAGCUCUUGAAAAGAUCUCGGUUCCUCCGUGUCAUCUACCUGGACGGCCUCGAGAUAGGCAACAAGUUGCCCUCAGAAAUAGGAAAGGUGAUGCACCUGCAUUACCUUGGCAUCACCUCAUGCUCCCUCUAG